UGGUGGACACUCGUUGGGAGCGCACUCAGAUACUUCUCCGCAGUAACUUAGGGGGAGAGUUUUCUGUCUCGGUAAACGUUAAAAAUAAAGAAAAAUGUCUAUAUUUACGCCGACAAAUCAAAUCCGGCUGACGAAUGUGGCGGUGGUGAGGAUGAAGAAAGGAGGGAAGCGGUUUGAAAUCGCCUGCUACAAGAAUAAAGUUGUGAGCUGGAGAUCGGGAGCAGAGAAAGACCUGGAUGAGGUUUUGCAGACACACUCUGUUUUCGUUAACGUGUCCAAGGGUCAGGUGGCAAAGAAGGAUGAUAUGACCAAAGCUUUUGGGACCGAUGAUCUGACAGAAAUCUGUAAACAGAUCCUGGCCAAAGGAGAGCUCCAAGUGUCGGACAGGGAGAGGCAGAGUCAGCUGGAGACCAUGUUCAGGGACAUUGCAACUAUUGUGGCAGAGAAGUGUGUCAACCCCGAGACCAAGAGGCCAUACACGGUCAGUCUCAUUGAGCGGGCGAUGAAGGACAUCCACUACUCUGUCAAGGCCAAUAAGAGCACGAAGCAGCAGGCUCUGGAGGUGAUCCGGCAGCUGAAGGAGACCAUGGAGAUCCAGAGAGCCCACAUGAGGCUGCGGUUGGUGCUGCCAGCCAAGGAGGCCAAGAGGCUGAAGGAGAAGCUGAAGCCGCUCCUGCAGGUCGUGGAGAGUGAGGACUUUGACGAGGAGCUGGAGAUGGUGUGUCUGGUGGACCCCGGCUGCUUCAGGGAGAUUGACGAGCUGGUCCGCUGUGAGACUAAGGGCCGGGGCUCCCUGGAGGUUCUUUCUCUGAGGGAUGUGGAGGAGGGAGAUGAGAAACUAUAGUAACCCAGCCAGUCAGGACUCUGCACCUUAUCCACACUAACAUGCUUCACUGUGGCGCACAAACAGCAAACUCAUUUAAGAGACUAUAUUCAUGAUCGGAUUUGUGCUCAUUUCAGCUAUUCCUAUUUCUCUAUGUUUAAAAGAUUUAUUUGACUGAGAACAGUUUUUUUCCAUUUGUAUUCUGGAGGGAAUGUAUUUUGGAAAUUCGUUUGAGCAUUUAUACCUAAACCUGAGGUCAGUAAACAAAUCUGAUGGCCUGCGGUGACUUAUUUAUAAAGUUUUUUUUUUUUUUUGGGACCAUUAGCAGUACUUCUGGACAAGGGCGUUUCUGCCCUCCAUCAGAUUUUGUGUGCCAUGUAGUCAUGCUCAAUAUCCCAGUUUUAUGGAUAAUAUCUUCAACCCAAUCAUUCAUAUUUUGUCACAACGAAUGAGUUUGCUCUGUAGCAGAUACGUAUGUAACAAAUUAAUUUCUUUUUCUUAUAUACACAGCGAUUUUCCUGAGAUGCACACAGCUGUUUUAAAAACAGAUGAAAUCCCAGUUUUGCAGAACGACAGGUUUAAAUAUGUCCCAGCUUUAAGAACAGAAGCGCAUAAUAGCCCAACCAGUUACAUUCAAAGCAUUUCCAUCUCAGUUGUACCCCCUUAUGAAAAAGUCCUGAUCAGAUCACAGUACAGAAUAUAUAACUAUUAUCUAGAAUAUUGUACCAUAAUUUAUAAUCACAGUGUUCGUAAAUACUGCUUGAGUAGUACUUUUUUUCCAAUUGAAAUGUGAAAUAUUGCCCCAUGAGUUUUAUGUUGUAUUUUUUUUUUUUUUUUUCAUCAAAAACUGAGCAAUAGAGAAAUAUAACAGUGCAUGACUUACUGUCGCUGGAAGGCUGUGAAAAACAGAAAUGAUUUUCUGCUUUUCAUAGCAGAUUUUGUUUGCAAAAUCAUAGUAGGAAACACACACGGACAACAACAAGGUCCAGAUGGUCUGACUGCAGAAAAAUGGUCACAAAGAGCCUAGGUAUAAAGUCAGAAUAACAACAAGAAAUUUGAGAAGGAAAUUUUUCUCACAUUUUAAAGUCCAGGAGAUUCAGGUCUAAAUCAGAAACGUGUGAAAUUGGCCUCUUCUGGGUUAAAAGAAAACUGAAAUAAUUAUUUCAUUCAUUUAUUGAAAAAACAGAAAAAAAAAGUGCAACAUGAAGAAAAAUGGAUGUUUUCCUCUCCGCUUGUAACUUUGACUUCCACUGUAGAAUUAGGCUGGACAAAGUGAACAUGCUCCAUCUGUACAUUGUGUUCUGCAUUGUGAAGAGUGUAUCAUAUUGACUUUCCCAGGAAAUA